GAAAAAACUCGCAGUGUUAUUUGAUAAGAUAACAUAAAACUCUUAAAAGUGCUUAUUAAUCGGGUAGAUUUAAACAAAGCUCUUAUGACAGAGACACAUCGAGGCACGCCCAAUUAUAAAAUGUGAACGGCACUGGGAGAGCACGAUAGCGCGAAGCAGAAAACAGCUUCAUCAAGUUUCCAGUGGACAACCCUUUUCUGAGGGGCAGACGAAAAAUGGGCGAAAGCGAGCUGAUUUGGCCAGAGAUUGGAGUGGAUCCGCAGCAUGUGUGCGAAACUGGCGUCGAGGGACGCUACCAGCUGGUCUGUGACAAGUCCUGGCUGCAGUCGCUCGAGAAGCAUCGGAAGCUGACUCAUUUCACAAGCUGGCCUUUUCUCGACCGCAGGGCACACCCCACUGGCCAACUAGAGCAUCCGUGGACACGCAUCCUAGUGCAAACGUACCGCAAGCAGCCACAGAGCAAGGUGUACCCGUUGCCCAAGGUCAAUGGGGAUGGAUCCUCUACAGAACUUCCCCUCUCCUACUCGCAGGCCGUGUCGUUUGUUGCAAACAAUAACUUCAAGCAGCUGUGGGAGGAGGCCUACAGGAAAUACAGCGGGGCCCAUAUAAAGCUGUGCAGAGGAACUCUAUCUGCGAGCGCCACAAAGCCAACUCCUGGCCAUGGACAGCUGCAGCCCCAUGAUGCGGUCUUAAAAGAGCUUAUCCAACGCGUCUACCAUUGUCCAGUGCUUCAUUGUCAAGUGGACCGAGAGCGGGUUGGCGAUGGGAACUCGCCAAUGUCCGACGUUACGAUGUCCGAGUGUCAUGCCAACAUCUUGCCGGCUCUAGUGGCCAUCGAGACCUCCACGCACUUCAGUGUAUUCUUCUAUCCCCCGGCCCUCGAGUGCAGCCUCUACGACUGCAUCACUUUCAGCCCAGCGUUGUUGGGAAAGGGUUACAACAAGACGCUCUUCGUUAUCUACCAAAUCCUGCAGUUGACAAAGCACCUGCAGGCACAGGGGCUCUUCCUUGGCGAUCUCAGGCUGCAACACAUCGUCCUUCGCGAGAAUCUCUGGCUGCAGGUCUUACCUCGCCUGCAGUGCAACCUUUUGGAGGAGGAUCCCGCUGUGGACGACAUUUCACCAAUGACGCCACUAGCCAGCGAGGAGUUAGGGGAUCAGGUUGACCACCAGACCCACAGGCUGCCCUCCAGCAGUACCAUUUUCGACUUGCGCCUCGCCUACGACCCCGCCCACUUCAAUCUCCGGGAAUAUUCCGAAAUGUGGUGCAACGGCCAGCUGUCCAACUUCGAUUACCUAACCAUCCUGAACAACGCAUGCGGACGGAGUCUCACCAAUGCGGCCCACCACCACAUUAUGCCCUGGGUCACCGACUUCAGUGGACGCAAUGGGGCCAACUGGCGGGACUUGACCAAGAGCAAGUACCGUUUAAACAAGGGCGAUGUUCAUCUGGAUCUUAUGUACGCCCAAGCGAGUCAGCACGGCACUGGAGAUGCUAAUUAUCCACCAAUUGGCGAUCAAGCGCCUCACCAUGUUUCGGACUUUCUCUCCGAGAUCACCUACUUUGUGUACAUGGCCAGGAGAACACCACAGGCCAUUUUGUGCGCCCAUGUACGUCCCAUCUGGGUCCCAGCGGAGUAUCCCGUCUCCAUACAGCGCUUGCAGGAGUGGACGCCGGAUGAGUGCAUUCCAGAGUUCUACUCGGAUCCUAUGAUCUUUAAAAGUAUCCACGAGGACUUGCCGGACUUGGAGCUGCCUGCCUGGGCCACCUGUCCCGAGGAUUUUAUCUGCAAGCACCGCGAGGCUCUCGAAUCCCAAUACGUCAGUGAACGACUGCAUCAUUGGAUUGAUCUCAAUUUUGGGUACAAACUAAGCGGAAAGGCGGCAGUAAAGUCUAAGAAUGUCUGUCUCACCCUGGUGGAUCAGCAUAGGAAUCUCACCCAGCGGGGCAUCGUCCAGCUAUUCGCUCAGGCGCAUCCCCCGCGACGAUACACCACUCCCUGGUUCAAUAAGACCGCCCCCCGACUAAGCCAGGUGUACGCCAGUCCCACGAAGCGUCUGGCCAAGAGCACGGAAAACCUGCACACGGACAUCGCCUCCGGCUCUCCCCGCCUCUCGUUGCGACCCGCCGACGAUGGAUCAAGCAGUUCAGCAUCGGCCUCCAACUUCUAUGCGAUUACCAACUUUAUUGAACUUCCCGAAAACUAUAGCCCGACGUUGCUUUUGCAAAAUCUGGAAACUCUGGAGUCGUUCUAUGCGCGGACCUUUCCACAACAGAGCGCAUCGGCCAACCCCGAGGAGAAGAUGAUCAGCAGCGAUCUCAUGUUCGAGCAAAACUCGGCGGACCACUCGUUUACCAAUCAGCUAUUCGCCAGCGGUGCAGAUAUCCCUACCAAGUCGAAGAACCUACUGAGGGAGAGAAAGAGCUGCCUGCAGCAUCUGCUGACCGCCAGGAGAGAGCGAGACUUGCAGGUGCUCGGGUGCCUCAUGGUAGAGCUCUUCGCCAUACAGCGAUUACGACCCCUGCUGAUGGGAAAUGGCUUGACGGCUUCGUUUGAGGCUCGCCUUGCCGCCUGUCGUACUGUGGCCCAAGUGCACCGUCAAGAGUUGCCAAAACCAGUACGUCGGGUGGUGCGACUGCUGCUGCAUCUGGAGGAUGCCGCCAAAGACGACCAGGGCUUGCCACAUCCACCGAGCCCGGCGCAGCUGGUGGAACCUAUGUUUGCCAACAAUUUUCUGCCGUUCCCUAGCCACUACAUGGCAGUGUACGCGCUGGUGAGAUCCCUGCACGCCUUCGAGGCUAACUCCGUGCUUCUGGAGCUACACACCCACUUCAGCUGCAAGGGCGGAAAGGAGUGCGCCCAGUACACGGAGAUGGAUCGUCAGAGAGUGCUGUUCGAGCGGAAAAUCGCCGAGUGCAAGGUCAUGUCCUGCUGUGCCCAUGUGAAGCGACUCCUGGAGCCAGUGGCCUUUGCCUAUGAGCAGUUUACACCAGUGGAACUCCUGCUGCCCCAUGUCAUCGACCUGCUGCGCGACGAACGCACCUCAAUCCUGACCGCAUGGAAUCUUUUCGACCCCAUUGCUCAGGCCUUAGGAGUGGCCCAAACCCAACAGCAUUUGCUCCAGCCGCUGCUCAAGCUGUACGAUGUGGAGGGUGUUACUUCCUCGGAAGAUGCAGGCUCCAACAACAACAGUGGCGGCCACCUGCGCUUUUCCGCCAGCAGUUCGUUCAAGUCCCGGAAAUCCGUGAAGCUCUACCACCAUAGUUUUCUGCUCCGACUGAUUGUGAGAUUCGGGCUUCGCUGUUUCCUCCAGCACUUUAUAGCUCCGCUCAUCGAAGCCGUCGGUGGCUACAAGGAGCCCGAGCAGGGCAAUGGCUAUCACUAUCACAGCGGUGGGAGCCGGAGAACCAGCAAAAAUCUCAAUCUGGCAGCUGGAGAGGAAAUCCACCCGUCAGCCGAACCAGAGACCAAGCCCGACAUUGAAGAGCUCUUCACGUUCGAGGAAGACCAGGAUAGAGUGUCCAGUCAGGAGAGCAAGUCAGUGGACUCCUUUGACAUGCGACCGAAUACGAGUGCUGCCAGUGCAGAGGAAGCGAGGGAGUCGGACGGAUCGCCCGACAAACAAGUUAUCAACGAACUUAUUUAUGGGGCCAGGAUCUCGCCGGACAAGCUUUCGCUUCGAGAUGGCGAAACACCGCCCGCUUUUGCCGCACCGCCUAUUGGACCCCGUUCACCCACCAUCGAGAUUCCAGUGCACCCCAGUGCCGGUGGCAUCCGGCGCAGUUUCCAGCUGAGCGCCAUCGACUGCGAUAUUGGCUCCCGCAAGAGCGUUGACAGCUUCGAGCUAAUAAGCCAGGCGGUGGAGCAGUUGCCUCCACCUGCGGCGGUGGAGACCGAGGCGGAGGCCAUGGACUCUCUGCAGGCCUCGGUCAUCUCACGAUUAUCGGAGGCCAAGGCUGUACAGAACAAUCGCAUCAGCGAAAUGAGCGCGGAGAGUCUGGUGUGGCUCUCGCAUCGACUAGGACCGGUGCUCACCUCGCGAUACAUAACUAGGAAUCUUCUGAAACUCCUUUCGCUAUGCUACGUGGGCCAGGAGAACCUGCUACCCGAGGUGGAUGACGGUGGUGCCAGCUCCUCCCCUGAGGCGGCGAAUCUGAACUACUUCACCAUUGCCAAUGCCAGGGUAGUGGGCGACCGCAGUGCGGCUCGAGUACUGGAAUGUCUCAUGUCCAUCGCGGCUCUCUACGGUGAAAACUUUCUCCUACUACAGUAUUUCCCGCAUAUUAGCGAAUUGAUUGCCCUUUGCUCCAAGCGGAUCACCGGCAGUCUGGAGGGCGCCAUCAUUAGCUCCCUUCAACUGCUCAAGUACAUGAUUCCAUGUCUGACCGACUCCAGUCUCAUGGAUAACCUUCAUCACAUUCUGCUCGACGCCAUCCUCCUGCCCAUCUUGCGCCUGCUAAGCUCCACGAAUCUGCUCAUGCCCAGUGGCUACCUGGGACGCUCGCUGCUGGCUCGCAAGUUCCUGGACGCUAUCUAUGCGCUCAGCGUGCGCCUGGGAUCGGAUAUGACCCGCGAGCAUCUGUGCCAGUCGAUUAUAUGCCCGUUUUUCCUGAUUUUCAACAAAGCCUUCGGCCUGCCGAACGACUUUGCCUGUGAUCUGGCCAAUCUUUCGCUGACGGGCGGAGUAAGCCAAAAGGAACGCGCCCUGGAGGAGCUUAGAGACGUGUUUGGACCGGAGCUGGCGCACACUGCCUAUCUGACCUUUUUGCGUUUCUUGGACGAGGCCAUCAUGAAGAGGACGCUGAGUAACUUGGAAUUUGUGCUGACCCUGUGCCACGAGCACGAGCAACCCAGUGGCAGUGUCCCCAAGAAAGUCCAGCUGGCCACGAGCAUAAGUUCCGGCCAAGAUGAGGACUCUGUGGACGCCUCUUGCCAGCUGGCUGCUAACAGUUUUGGCACCCAGAUCGUGGGCAACCGAUUACAAGUGGUCCGGGGCAAUGUGGAGUUGCUAGAUAUGGUGGCGUACAAGUUGGACCAGAUGCCUAGUACGCGACAUCUUGAGGGGAACUGGCUGGCCUACUGGCGGCAUGAGACAACACGAAGCGAAAAGGAUAACCAGGCCCUGAAUCUGAAGCAGAUUCGGCUUCAAUCCUUCGUAGGUCACACCAACUCUGUGCGAGCUAUCUACGCCCUGGACAACGAAAACAGCUUCGUGUCAGCCUCCAAGGACAAAACCGUGAAGCUGUGGUCCCUUCGCAGCGAAGGAGAUGGGCGCAAGUCGACACCCUGCCAGUUUACCUACACGGCACACAAGAAAUCCAUCAACUCCCUGGGCUUCCUUGAGUCGUUGCGCUACGUGGUGUCCUGCGAUUCGGGUGUGCAUUUGUGGGAUCCGUUUAUAGGCAGACCUCUUGGCAUACUGGAUGGGCCACGACACAGUGCCGUGACAGUGGUCAAGUGUCUGCCCUCACACUCGCCACUGGUGAUUGCCGGCACGGCUGAAUCCAGCGUCAAGAUGAUCGAUGCUCGCAGCAUGGAGUACGUGAACGAGUGGCGGGUGUGCAAUGCUACACUGCCCAAUGCCACGGUGCGCUGCUUGGCGGUGGCUCCUUCCGGAAACUGGCUGGCGGCCGGACUCUCCUCCGGCUGCAUUGUCCAGCUGGACACGCGCACCGGCAUGGUGAUCAACUCCUGGCGACCCAUGGAGUGUGACCUGUUGCAGUUGGCCGCGCCGAGUGAUCAGUUCCUGGUGAGCUCCGCACUAGAUCAUUCCCUGGCCGUCUGGCACGCCCUGGAUGGCAUUAUGCACUACCAACUAAAGCCUCCCCCAGAGCCGGCCCACUUCCUGCAGAGUGUGGGCUCCUCGCUGGUCUACGCCACCACUGGCAACCGUGUGGGCGUCCAUGCGGAUGUGGCCCACUCGCAUGGCUUCAACUCCAUCACCAAGCUGCGCUCGGAGACAUUCCGCGGCGUGCUCACCUCCCUGGCGGUGUUGCCCCUAAAUCGAGCUUUUCUGGCCGGUAACGAAAGUGGAAACAUUGCCCUGCUUUGUUAGAAGAGUUGGCUGAUGAUAUUGUAUUUUACAUUGUAUUCCUUAGUUAAUUGAAAUGGCACCAAAUAUUUAUUUUAAACGAGCUGACGCAGGUUGGGCAUUGCCGGCAACUUUUCGCCUUUUUGAAACCAUGAAUUUAUGCCCAUUAAGUUGGAAGAUAACACCUUUGAUUCGCACAAUUUGCACAGAUGUUUGGUGAAAGUUUUCGGCAAUAUCCUUCACACGAUACAAGGAAAUUAUUCAUAUACUCGAAAUAAUAUUAACUCAAGAUAAUGUAAACAUUCCAGAUCCAGGGUGUAUGUAUAGAUCUAUUAUAGAGGGAGUACAAAAGAAACCAAUUUGUAUUUACAAAAUAAGCUGGAAAGAGGUAAAAAUAUUUAUAUAAAUACACCUAAAUGCAAUAAACUUUAAUUAAUUGUA